CCAUCCAUGGAGUGUUUUAUGCCGUAGAGAUGGACAUGCGCUGCCAACAAUAUCUUGUAGAAGCGGCUCGCGUAUUUAUUUAAGCGGUGCAAUUUGUCCAGUGUGUUUGGAGGAGAUGGGAUCUUAGGAAAUGGGUCGUGCAUGGGAACAGCAAGACCGUUAUAACUGCACAAUUAUAUCUACACCGGAUACCGGGAAAUGAGCCACACGCGAGCAACGAACUGGAUACCAUCUACACGAGGAGCUGUCAGCAUAAAUAUAUGAUGUGUUUCAUCUGAUUUGAUCCCUUGCUUUGAUUGCAUCGAUAUUCUCUAUGUAUGGCCGUUCUUUCAUCAUGAUAUCGGGUGUGUAAAGGGGCGCGCGCGUGAGCCGCAUCCGCGCGAGGUGCAUCUCAACAUGGCAGCAACGUAUAGAAAAGGAAGGAUAUCAAGCGGGAAGACCUGUGGCUAUCCAGGGGACAUUUUAUCAGGGUCAGAUGGCCUGUCUUGAAUAAGAAACGUGCAAAAAUGGAGAGCUCCUGUUCAAGGAUGGCCCUGAGGAGCUCGCUGCGACUGCUCGGAUGUUGUGCGCUUUUGCUCGCAGCUGCGAUGUUGGUGGGCUUCAUGGCGAGGGCUUUCACACCCGUUGCAGUGGAGCUCCCAUCCAACAUGUCCAGAAGGAGCCUCAAUCAACUUCCAACAAGACCACGUUCACCUCCUGCCUUAUCGUCAUCAUCAUCAUCUUCUUCCUCAUCUCCUCAUCACUCUGAAAGAACCAGACAUCCAGCUCAUACGCCUCCAGGUGCCAAAUAUCCCUCAUCCCCUGGUCACCAUGACAGUGCCUCCAGCAUAGAUCCCACCCCGUCCCUUGGUUCCGAAGGGUCGGGUAACCUAGGCGACGGGGCCCAGGGCAUCCACCUGCUGUUACGGCCCCCAGACCUUCUAACGCCAAGCCAGAUGCCUCCACUCCAUGAUGACAGACCGCCAACACCAGCCCCCCCGACCCUGGUGUCACCCGAAGACCUGUAUCCUGUCCACUCCGCUGAGGUGGACUGGGGCUCCGGAGACUACCUUGAAACUCUUACUUUCAUGGGAUCAGAAGGGGAGGAGUUUUCUCUCGUCACCACCCUUCCUACGCAUGGAUACGAUCCGUAUGAUACGGACGAUGAGGCCACGGUCAGCUACAACACAGCUUUCCCCUCUCGUUCCAUCCUGCCCCUCUCGUCCAGAGACCUCCAGCCCAGCGUGACUGUAAAAUAUGGGACUAACUUAAGGACGGCCCAUCCUACUGAUCCCCGCCUCCCAUUAGCUCCUGACUCCGCCCAUGUGAUCGAUAUGGACGAUGAUUUGGAUUUCGAUUGGGCGGAGCUUUUUCCCAUUGAGCCAACUGAAAUGCUGCUUCCCGAUAUGAACAGUUUGGAAUACUACAACACGUUGCAAGCCAAAGAGAAUGCUAGUAUUGCGAGGAAUAGGACGCACCCUCAUAUUACCCCAACACACACUGUGGGACCCACUCAAACUCCCACUGCAUUGGGAAAAGUCCCGGACAAAAUCGAACGGACGAUUCCUCAACCUAUUCCAUCAGUAACCCCAGCUCCACCCCAAAAACCUACGAAGCCUCCCAUCCCAUCCACCACUGAGACCCAACAACCUCCUGAAGGCCCAGAUAAUGGUGUUCCUUCCAUACCCACAUCCCAUGUGGGCAAAACCCGACCGCCAGUGCCAACCGCCCUGCCUCCACCCGGCACCUCAGAGGGUCCAGUAAUACAAGCUGUGACGCUGAAGCCCCCUGCUACAAAACCCCGCAUGACCACCAUCAAAACCACCACCAGAACUACAACUACAAUUAAAACCACGACUACCAUGAGCCCCACCAGCCUCUCUACCAAAAGCCCACCACCUACAACCCCCAGAAUUCCUCUGUCCAUCGCACCCCGGCAGUACGUCUGCAAUAUCACCAAACCGGACAUGUACCUAGUCAGAGUGGGCAUGCCUAGUGGGUCAUCGGUGGCGUUUGCCAAAGCUCAUGUGCGGGAGAUUCUUCGACGAGAGUUCAACCGUUCAGUGGAGCUCCAGGUCCUCAAAGCCCCACCCAAUUUUAUCUUCCGGGCAGUUUCCGGUCCACUUGUGUACACUGCUAUCUCUGUCAUUAAUGCUGUCCGCCAAUCAGUGCACACCACUUCCUCUUCUUCCAUACUGUCCGUCACUACCAUAUAUGCAGUGCCUGAUUACAAACAUCAGGUCCACACAGUGCUGCAGUUUGUACCGAGUCAUGUGGAUGUGCGUCUGUGUAGCUUCAGCGAGCGUGUGGAGAAGGGGCUACUCAUGGCGUAUGCGGAAGUACGCAAGCGUUCGCAAGAAAACGGAAAUUUCACAGUUCAUAUUGUGAAUAUCACUAGUAGCCUUCCUAAGGGUCAGCGGCAGUUGAAGGCACCGGUGGACAUCACUUUUGCUGUGCGUGAUUCCCAAGGCUUCCUAACAGGAUCAGAUGUGAGUGGUCACAUGAGGCAGCUCAGCGCUGUGGAGUUCAGCUUCUACCUUGGUUUUCCUACCCUGCAGAUCGCUGAACCUUUUCAUUAUCCUGAACUGAAUGUGUCCCACCUGUUACGCACAUCCUGGGUGAAAACAGUGUUACUGGGUGUGUUGGACCAGCGUGUGAAUGAGAGGACCUUCCAGGCCAAAAUGGAGAGGCGAUUAGCAUUGCUGGUUGGAGAGGGACUUGGGAUCGGGGUUAGCAGUCGACGAUGGAGAAGAGCUACUAGUAUUGGCAACAACAGUGUACAGAUUGUGCGAGUGUCCCGUCUGGAUGGCCCGGACUACCCGCUGGAGCUGGUGUAUUUUGUGGAAGCGGGGUCAGGAGAGAGGCUGCCAGCCCAGGCCACUGCGGCCAUGCUCAACAGACUGAACCUGCUGAGAGCUGCCAUCGUACUGGGCUACAGAGUACAUGGAGUUCUGGCCACACCGGUGGAGAAGCUGGCCCUGCCGCCCUCCGAGACUCAGCCCAGCAACGUGUGGCUGAUCGUUGGAGUUGUGGUCCCAGUUCUUGUGGUCAUCCUCAUCAUCAUCAUCCUCUACUGGAAACUGUGCCGCUCUGAGAAGCUGGAGUUUCAACCAGACGCCAUGAGCACCAUCCAGCAGAGACAGAAGUUGCAGCCUCCCAGUGUUAAAGGCUUUGAUUUUGCUAAGCUACACCUGGGGCAGCAUAGUAAGGAUGAUAUCAUGGUAAUCCAAGAACCCGCCCCUUUACCGCCACCUGUUAAAGAGGCCACGCCCUCAGAGGGCGGAGAAUUGAACACUCCAAAAUCGAAGAGCUCAUCUACAAAAGCAUCCCGCGCAGCACGGAGAAGAGGCCGAUUGUCUCCAUCUGAUGGAGAUUCAUUAGGAAGCGAAGCAUCCAGCGGUAGAGAAUCAGCAGAAGAAAGCACCAGACCUGCUGUGACGCCAAGUGACAGCAAACCCCAACAUCGCAAGAGCAAGCAUGCAAAAAACAAACUUGGUGCUCAACCUGGAAGUGGUGUGGAUGAGCAGUUGUCCUCGUCGUCCAUAUUUGAGCAUGUGGACCGUCUGUCUCGAGGUUCAUCAGAUGGAACGCGCAGAGUGUCCAAUAAGAUACAGCUCAUCGCCAUGCAGCCCAUGCCAAGCCCUCCCUCACAUCCACAUAACCAAGCCCUGAGUCCAAGCCUGACAGACAGGAUGCCUGAUGGAGCAAAGGUCAAUAGUGAGAUUCAAGUGGACUUGAGGCAUAAAUCUGAGAUCGAACACCAUCGCAAUAAGAUCCGCCUGCGUGCCAAGAGAAAGGGCCACUACGAGUUCCCCUCCAUGGAGGACAUCAUGGCAGCGUUCGGCGACAGCUCCGAACAACAGCGAGUGUAUCAACAAGCUCAGGAACAGAUACACAAGAUCCUGCAUCCUGAAGAACACACACCUCCAUCGUGCGGAGAGCCACGCAAAAGUUCCAAAGGAAGACGCUCUCCCAGACACAGACAAAGACAGCAUUUGCGUGGAAGGGGAAGUCUGAGAGACAAAGAUCGUCUCAUUACUGAUGGAGAUGCCACAUACAGGAAGUACCCCGGGGUCAACAAUGUGGCCUAUGUGUCUGAUGUAGACCAGCUCCCAGAUGCGGGCAGCCCUUCUCCUACUGAUGAGGUGUUUUUAGACCCUGGAUCACCUCCGUCAGGCCAAGCCCCUGCUCCGCCCUCCUACGUCCCCCCUCAGCCAACCAUCGAAGAAGCCCGGCAACAGAUGCACUCCUUAUUGGAUGACGCGUUUGCUCUCGUCUCGCCUUCUUCUCAAGGAAGCCCCGCUCCUCUAACAUUCACUGGCGUUACAGCAGUCACUGGCGUCGGAGGAAUCACCCCCGGUCAACCCUCCAGCCCAUCCUCACGUCCUGCACGCCAAUGGGGCUCCUCUUCUUACCCAGCAGCCCCUGCACACAGCCCUUUCUCUGCGAGGUAUGCAGAGUUAGGAAUGUCUCCCACAUCGGUCCAAGGUUUACUGCAAAGGCAGGCGCAGGGUUCUGGGUAUGUUGUGUCAGCAGAGAUGCAGUCAGAUCCUGGAUACUCCAGCAGGGGGCAGUAUGGAGAAGAUAUGCCAUCGUCUUCUCGGCCACGACCAGUAGGGGGCAGCACAGGUGCACAGUUGCAUCAGCUGACACAAGUGGGCUUGUCAAGUCGGAUUGGAUUGUAUCCUGGAGUUGGCCGUAGUGUAUCUGGACCUUCAGGAUCAAGCUGGGCCCAGUACCGCUCAGAUGAGGAGAUUUCCAGACCAGGAUCCAACCGAGAGGCUAUACUGACAUUCCCAGAAUACUCUUCAUCACCAGUAUUCCAGAUGCCCAGGACGUCCCUGCAGGAUCCCACAACACCCCAGGGUCACCUGGAAGCCUCGAGCGUGGGGUACAUUGCCCCUGAGGAGCGUUCUCCACCCCCCCAGUCCUCGGCCUCUCUCAUCAAGGCCAUCAGGGAAGAACUCCAGAGACUUUCUCAGAAACAGGCUGCUGUUGUCAGCUACCAGAGUUGAGAAAGACCAUCCCGAAACCCCAGUCCUGGUUAAUCUCCCGAUGUACCACAUAAACAACCUCACAAAUCCCAACACAUCUCCAUGGCUGAGAAGCUGCUUUACACAAAAUCCGAAACCAAAAUCUUCAAAUUUAAGUACGGCUGGUCUGUUACAUAUGAAGAAUUACUUUCAAUCUUUCAUACUUGUAUUGCCAGGACAUCCGCAAUUGAAAUUCCACUGCUGACAUGCAGAAAAUAAACUUAAAUACUCUCUCCUAUAAUUCACAAAGAAAAAAACUCACCCCAAAUAUCAUAUCCAGACUGUUUAGAAAAAUAGACAAAGUUUCCCCAUAUUCAGACUCUCAAUUUGCAUGCGGAGAGCUGUGAACCUUCAAGACUUCGUACUGACUGUUGCUAAUGUGAAAAUCCCUCCCCUUCAGUUCCAUGUCUCUCAAAGUGCUUCCUCCAAAUGGGUCAUCUUCAUGUCUCCGGACUUCCUCUGGUGCUAAACAUCAUUUCUGGCCUCCGCCACGAUACCACAAUUCAGCCCUGCCCAAAAACUCUGAAGUGGCGUCCUUUCCUUUUGUUCUCCCAUUUAUCCAAGACGGCUUAUCAAGUGGAAACUUGCUCUGUUCCAACACCUAGUGAGCUGCUCGAGAUGCGAAAUUUGUUCCAAAGGUUAGCCAACUUAAUUAUGUUCCCUUAUAAGAUACCUUAAUAAGUUUUAGCCAAAUUCUAAGGCAGCAUUUCAUGUAUUGUUCACAGAGAAGUCAAACCCAGAAUGCAUUGCAACAAGAGAAAUAUAAUUUAUCAAGUUAUACUUCAUUCAAUAACAUUCAUAAAAACUUAAAAUGUAUGAUUUUGCCCAACAUUGGUGAGUUUUAGAGUAUCACAUCGUUAGCUUAGCAACAUGCAAAUGUGAAACCUUGAACAGAGCAAGAAAAAUGUUGAUUAUAAAGUAAUAUUUUAUUCGAUAAUGCUCAUAAAAACU